GACUUCCUUUUUUCUGCUCUUUUUACCUUAAGGAAGGAGAGAGAGAGAGAGAGAGAGAGAGAGAGAGAGAGAGAGAGAGAGAGAGAGAGAGAGCAGGACCCCAGAGGGGAGAGAGGUCUGGGUAGUUAGGGAAGAGCAAGACCCGGGACCAGCAAGCAAAACGACUUGGCGGGUCGGGGCCCCAUCCCUGGGCGCCUGUUGGGGAAGGAGCACGACAACCCCACCUGGGAAAUCUUCCUGACGCUUCUUUCUCCUUUUCCAGCAAAGUUUGCUGAAUCUCUGGCGCCAUGUCGGUGAUUGUGGCGCAAGCCCUCCACAUCUUUGGCUUCCAGUCCCGGGUAGCAAAUAAUAUUUGCUUCUUCGAUGAACAGAUCAUAGUGUACCCUGCGGGGAAUAGCUGUGUGAAAUAUCACAUUGAGCAAAAAUGGCAGAAGUUCAUCCCAGGUAAAUCAGCUUCCUCCUCUUCCUCCCCCCACCCCGGUCUCCCAUGUCUCCUCACUGCCAAGGCUGAAAUUUAGGAAAGGAAGCGGGAAGGUGCAGCUACCCACCUAAAAUAUCAGUCUUCUAAAUAGGCAAGGCCUCGUCUGCAUUCCUAGCUGCUGACCCUUCCCUUUCAGAUUUUAGACAUGAUACUUGUGCUAUUUCUUACUAAUAAAGUAGCCACCUGGGUUUAAAUAGUUGCAGUGUUAGAGAUUCAGGCUCGGAACCCACAUAUCACAUUAAAGUUGGAAAGCAUGGUUGAAGCUGGUAGAAAACUCAGUUUACACUGCCUCAUGGUUUCCAAAAAAUAAUUACAGUAUUUGUUUUUAUAUGCUUUCACAAGAAUGUCGUUUACAGAUCUGACACUUGGUUGCAAAGUGACUUCUGCCCAUUGUUAUGUUCUGUCUAGAUUUAGGUGAAAGAUAAACAUUUUCGCUUCUUGCUUAUGCUGUUUUAAAAUGCAGCUUCGCAUUAGGUGUAUAUUUUAGAGAUGGUUACAUUCAAACAUUGCUGAACAAUUCAACUGAGUAUCUUUGGAAUGUUUUUGUAUAAACUGCUUAGUUAUUUAUUCUAUUAAGUGGUAUUAAAAUGUCAUAAAUAAACACAACAGAUGUUCAGGAAACUAUGGUUUAGCAUCAUGUGAAUGAACCUGAGUGAGAUUGUUAAGCAGACGUUGAAUGGCCACCUGUCAUGUGAUUCCUGCAUUGCAGGGGGUUGGACUAGAUGACCCUUGAGGUUCCUUCCAAUUCUAUGAUUCCAUGGGCCUUGCUCUUGCAUACUUCUCUCUUCUUUAAGGUGGCUGUGCUGAGGAGAUUGGAAGCGCUAGCCUAUGUUACCAGUUACCUGACAUUUAAUUAUUGUUUAUUGAAACAAGCCAAGUUUGUAAACCAAUGUUUGAAGCUUGGCUUGUUUUAGUAAAGGAGCAAAGUGACUACAAUCCCAUCUCUGAGAACCUGCAUGGUCACUCAUUCAUGCUAAUACAUAGAUUCAACUAUGCUAAUACAUAGUUUGGCUUAAUGUUAUGUGUGAACUGAGCCAAUGUCUCUACAACAAGGGAAAUUAUUGGGAUUUCAGUUUCCUGGAUUAUCAUCUCUAUAACUGUUUAAUCUCAGUAAUAUGUAGUUAUUUCCUGAAGUCUUUGAAAAAAGUUAAAGCCCACAUGGGCAACCUUGAUAUUGGACUUGGCUCCUGAAAAUGUAAUGUUCCUACAUGAAGCUCACAUAAGCUUUUUCUCUGUGCUUUAUAGGCUCAGAAAAGAGCCAAGGGAUGCUAGCACUGGCAAUUAGUCCAAAUCGACGCUAUCUGGCUAUUUCAGAGAUACUGCAGGAUAAACCUACCAUCACAAUCUAUGAACUGUCAUCUGUCCCAUGCAAGAAGCGGAAGAUCUUGAACAGUUUUGAUUUUGCGGUCCAAGAAUUUAUUAGUGUAGCUUUUUCCCCUGAUUCCAAAUAUCUAGUGGCACAGACAGGACCUCCAGAAUCAAACCUUGCCUACUGGAUGUGGGAAAAGCAAAGAACAAUGGCAAUUAUCAAGGUUGAUGUCCAGAACAAUCCUCUUUAUCAGGUAACAUAGAAGAGAAGCACCACAUGCAUCAGUCUAGUACUUGGGUACAUGAGGUAAUUAUCGCCACUUGUCAUUGCCUCAAAAAGAAAGGCUCUGCCUCCACCAUUGGAGACCUCAGUGAGAAAAGUUGCCAUAUGGAGAUAAACUCAGUGUGAAAUCUCAGAUCUUCUGUUCACAUUCACACAUUUACAUAUACGUCUGAGACACAGAACUUGCAUGAUUGAAUGGGUAUAUAAGCAUUGCAGCUCCGCAAUUAUACUUUUGUCUUUUUCUUGACCCUGGUGGUUAGGGUGUAUGGAGUGUUAGGGGAGGGGUAGUACUUCUGGUGGGGAACAUAUUGUGCUCCUUCUGAGGUAGUUUGUCUACCUUUGGUCCCCACCCUGUCACCUCUGGCUCCUAGAAGCUGUCAGCAUGUGAUAGCAGCCACAGGUGAUGUCUUCAACUGGCUGGCUAAACCAGGUGAUGGGUCUCAAAAGCUUGGUCAGGUAGGAGCUUCCUCUGUAUGUGAAGACAGGUUAGAGCAGAUGAGACCAAUAGUGGGUCCUACAGUCAAGAAGGUGUUUUCUGCACAUGCUGUAGAGGGAAAUGAGGGGCAGAUGGGGUUUGUCAACCUGGGAAAGUAGCCCAUCUAGGAGAUCUUAAACCUCUGCUGCCUUUUGGGUGGUAUCUUUGGGUGAAGAAAAGGCUAAGGAGUAAACCCUACACAAAUCCAGGGUGGAGUCUCUAAGAUGGUUGUAUGGCACUUUGUGCUUCUCAUUCUGGCAACUCCUUCAGCCAGGCUGGUGCCAAACGUAUUGCUCUGCUUUUCUUUGAACCACAUCAGUAAGACCAAGAAGGGGAUCUUGUUUGGGCAGCCCAGGACCUCCAUACACACUGUCCAGGCUUGUGCCCUCGGGAGGUCACUUCGGUGCUGUUAACACAGCAGUUUGACUUCACCCCUGAAGGCGCACUCCAUUUUCUCUUGUCUCAACAAGUGGUUGAGAAUUGUACUGCAGUGUAACAUCCUUAUUUAUUUCACAAACUGUGUGUCCUAAACGUGGCUCCUAGCUAGGGUCAAGUUUCUUAUUUAGGUUGCUUAGGCAGAAUUGUGCAGUUACAAAGAAGGGCGGGACAAAUUCCCUACUCUACUUCUUGUUUUAUCAUGGAGGCCUUUUUUCUGAAGUAUUAUGUUUAAAUAUUUAUGAUUUUUGUUCCUGUUUGUUUCCUUUAUUUUUACACAUUUUAUAUUGUAACACUCUGGUGACCUUUGCUCUUAAUUUUUUUACUCAAUUGUUCAUGUUGCUCAUCAAGUAAUCAUUUAUUUUAUGUUGCUUUCCUUUCCAGGUGAGCUUCAAUCCACAGGAUAACACCCAAGUCUGUGUUACAGGAUAUGGCAUUUUUAAGCUAUUUAGAUACACAGAAGGAACCUUAAAACAGACCAACUUCUUGCGAGGGGAACCUCAAAACUACCUGUCUCAUGCCUGGCUUUCUGAAGAGAAGGUGGUUGUGGGCACUGACACAGGCAAGAUCUACUUAUUUGACUCCGGUGAUCUUCGCUGGGAGACAAGUAUUGAGCGCAAAGAGAUAGUCUCUGAAGUAGAUAAGGAGGAACCACAGCAGGAUUCAGAGAGGUGAGACUGCCUUCAAACUAUUGACACUAGAGUGGUCAAUGUGCUCCAGCAGAUAAUGUGUUUUACUAUGAUCUACAAAUGGUAUCAUGGUCAUGACUGUAUUGCCUCUCUGAGAAAAGUUCUUGCCUCUGAGGCAGCUCUCAGGCUUGAAAAGGUUGUCCACCCAUUUUAUACACACUUUCCAGAAUGUGAGUCCCAUUGAACGCAGUGGGACUUAACUUCUGCAUAGACAUGCACAGGAUUGUACCGUUUGUCCCACUGUCAUAUGGGACUAAUCAUGAUCUGCCACACUUGUUGGAGGAUGAAUAACUGAAAUUUAUAAGAUAUUGUUUAAAAGCUUGUGUAAAGUGCUAAUUAAAUUUAAGAAGCAUGCUUAGGAUUGGAGUGUUAGGCUUUGUAUACAUUACUGGCUUAAAAUGCAGCAAGGUCAUUGCCCCUCUGCUGCGUGUUGAAUUGCAUAGGCAUGCCCUUGUAUACCUCAGUACUGUUGGAUAUGUUUCCAAGUCACAUGCCGUCUGCCCACAUCAGUGGGCAGAGGGGGGCAUGGUGCAUUCAUGGGUGCAUUCAAUCCAGAUUGACACUGGAUUGAGGCAAGAAACAUGAAAACACAGUAUUUCACAAACAACUACAGGACAGAUGUCGAUUGUGGCUAACAUUGCAUGGACAUGGCUUCAGAAACCAGUAGUGAGAGUGCACUGAAUGCAGAGUAAAUGUGAGUGUGUGCACAGCUUUAGUAUCUUCCCUAAACCCUUCAGCAUGCUGACUUCGAAAUGUUAUACCAAGUUCAAUGAGACGUAUGUCCUAAUAUAUGUGUACAAAAUUUCAAAUAGGGGAAACUUUAUGUUGAUACUAGGACUAUGUGGUGUCUCUGAAAUGAAAAAAAACAAGUUUAAAAUGAACAACAAUCAUUUUUUUAUGCCUCAUGCAACUGACAUUUGGAACUUGUUAGACUUCUCUGUUUGUUCCUGAUUGAUUGAUUGAUUGAUGGAUUGAUGAAUUUCUUUUUAAAGCCUUAUUGAGUUUCCUGCUCACAAUUCCCCUGAGAUUUCCACUGAGGUGGUUUGUGAAACUGAAGCACAGCAGCAAGCAUUUCUACCUCGGGUCUCUGCUAUUGCUGCAUAUUCCAAGGGAUUUGCUUGUUCAGCUGGUCCCGGGAUUGUUCUACUGUUUGAAAAGUCAGAUGAGAAGGAAGGUUACAGAGAAAGCCGAGAGAUACGGGUAGGUAAGAUGUCUGAGACAUGGAAUGCUUGAUUUAUCGCAUAGCUCACCAACAAUAUAAAUGUUGGAGGCAAAAGGAGGAGAUUCAGCAGAACCAGAACCCACACUGCGCCAGACACCACUCAACCCCAGCCGCAGGUAGGAGACAAACACAUGAUGAGGCAUUUGCUGAUCCCCAACCAACAGACCCAGCCAUAUCAAUGAGAUCCAAGGUGGCUAAAUGACAAACCCUACCCUGUGGUGCAUCACAAGUCUUGCAUACAGGAGGUCUCAGGUUCAGGCUUUGGAUAUGAUAUUGUGAGGACUGCUGGAGAAAGUCCUCACACACCUACAGGUGCCAAAGCCAAUCAGGGGAAGCACUCACAUUCCAGUUGGCUGCUCUCACACACCCAGGUUGCUGUUUGCAUCUUGCAGCCACUGUCAUCCCACCUUGCUGUACUUGUUCCCGGCUCUGCUUGUUUAAUUGAUUGCCAGUCCUGCAGGUUAUUGCCGCAGCAGACCUUGUUAUUUGCCCACCCUAUGCCGUCUGAAUUAUCAUUGUAGCAGUAGUGAGCUUGUGAGCUGCAAGGAGCCUGCCCCCACCCUUCACUGGAGCUCAUAGAUGGAAGAGAAUGUUGCUGAGUCAUAGUAGCAAAAAUGGAGUACAUGGUUCCAGCUAAACAGCCCAUUCUCCAUCCCCAGCUCCAGCCCCCUCCACCCUACAGAGGGUUCUGACGAGCUAAGAAAGAGCCUUGAAUAAGAGAUUGUGUUGACUGUAGUCUUCAUUAGCCCUUAUGAAUCAUGGGGUGGGGACAUCCUUGCAGCAGCUGCAGUGAUGAGAUCAUCAGGAUGACGCUAGGUGGCAGCAGUGAGGUUGGGAGAGCUCCAUGGUGGAAAUACCCUUGUAGGUGUACACCUAUCUGCAGGGCCAAUGGCACCAACCCAAUGCUUCCCCAAACUCACCACCACCACUUCAUCCUGCUGCUGCUGGGAGGACAUCGCUGCCCCACUAUUUCUUCUGCUCCACUGCCCAGGCUGAUGGUGAGAGCUGUUCAGCAGUGGAACAGACCCCCACAAGAGGUCUCCUUCCUUGGGCAUUUUUAAGCAGAGGUUGGAUGGCCAUCUGUCAUGGAUGCUUUAGCAGAGAUUCUUGCAUUGCAGGGGGUUGGACUAGAUGACCCUUUGGUCUCUUCCAACUCUAAGAUUCUAUGAUCCCUCAAAACAGAAGGGCUGAAGAGCGUUUGACAAUGUAAGGUAGGGGUGGAUAUUAUGUUUGGUUCAAAAUUUUCUUUUAUAUCCCCUAUUUUACCAGCAUAACAUUGUGAGCACAGGGUUCAGGAUUGGGGUUUGAGGGAAUUUAGGUUGUGGACUAAGCCCUCUCUGCCCUGGAACUGCCCAUUUUUGGUCGAUGUGCCAUUUUGGGUCUGUGCUUUUAAAGGUGAAAAUCUUUAUUAAGGUAAUCUUGCUGCCAUUGUUUAUGGAAUAUUAUCUAUUACUCUGCUGCAAAACUGGACUAGAAAGUAUGUAUCUAGGAAAGUAGUUAACUAAGCUGCUUUAUUUCAUAGAUUCCACAAGACCAGUGCAGCAAUGAUCCAAACCAGUCGGACAAACAGGAUGUUGUUUGUAUUGCCUUCAGUCCUGCAGAGGAAACACUUCUGAUCAGCACAACUAAGAAUCAGCUCUAUCUCCUCUCCAUAUCAGCAGCUGAGAUAAGCAAGGUGAGUUCAUUAAGAGCACUGUGUUCUGAGUAACGACUUGGAAAUGUGGUGUUCAAAGUAAUUUUAUAUUCUUGUGCUGCAAAGAACAGAACGAAAACAAGAAACCAAGACAGUCUGGUAAUAUGACUGCAUCAAAUCAAUUACUCAGCAACCCUAAAAAAAAGUGUUGAAAGGAGAACCAGCAACAUAAAGAAUACUCUCAAUUGCACAGUUCUUCACCAGUCAUGAUAUCACCACUGAAUAACUCCUAUAGCAACUUCACAUUGAAAGCACCAGUAACCAUGCAGCAAUAUCAUGACCACACAACUCACGGCACUUAGGCCUUUCAUUGGUAUUUCCAUCCGGACCAUAGCCAGUAUCAAUUUAUGGAUAUAGAGAGUGGCACCCUUUCCUGUUGCAACCUCCUUUGCCCUGGUGCAUAGACAUGUUGGUGUAAUCGUCAUCAAAACAAUUCAAAAUGUCAUGUUCUCCUGCGAGACAGCAAGGACACAUUUCAGCUAUCUUAAAUACCUCUUGUGGAAAAUCUCCCCAAGAUUUGUAAGGUCUGUUCUCCAGUCAAAUUUCCAGUAGUGGCUGUUUCUGUUUGGACCUCUUCAGAGUACUUUUCUAUAGUCACUGGUGUACUUCUCUACAAAUGCCCUAUUUGUCACUACACUUUCCAGUGCUUUGAUAAAUUUAGUACAUAUCAAAUGCCUCCUUUUUGCUAUGGAGAGAAGUUCAGUGUUGCCUGGUGUUACACCAUCACAUGAGCAGCUCUAGCUAACAUGUUUGUGAUAUUUCACUAGGGGGAGACAGCUCACUUUGAAUACCUGAACCACCCAAUACAUUCUGCUUCCAUUACUGGCUUGGAUACCUGCAUUCGCAAGCCCCUCGUUGCUACCUGUUCACUGGACAAAUCUGUCCGCAUCUGGAAUUAUGAAAACAAGUAAGGGGACAUGAUCUGUUGCACAGCCUUUUGAUUUGACUAUGUUGCACAGCCUUUUGACUAUGAAUUGUACUCAGACCAUGAGUGAGUGGCAAUUCACUACAGAGCCCCAGGCAAUCAUCAGGGCAAGUGUCAGUCCUAUUCUGAUAAAUAGAAACUGCUUAUAUUUACAGUGGUGCCCCGCAAGACGAAUGCCUCGCAAGACGAAAGAGUUUUCCGUUUUUUGAGUCGUUCUGCAAGACGAAUUUCCCUAUGGGCUUGCUUCGCAAGACGAAACGUCUUGCGAGUUCUUGCGAGUUUGUUUCCUUUUUCUUAAAGCCGCUAAGCCGCUAAUAGCCGCUAAGCCGCUAAUAGCCGUGCUUCGCAAGACGAAAAAACCGCAAGACGAAGAGACUCGCGGAACGGAUUAAUUUCGUCUUGCGAGGCACCACUGUACUCAGAGAACAAAAUAAUAUUAAGAGAUGGUGGUUGCUCUAGAAAUCAGUUGAUAGGCAAGGUUCAGAUACAUAAUUGUACUUCUUCAUGGGACUCCUAUGUAUGUAACAGAAACAUAACCCUAGUUCUAAAUCCAGAAAAAUCCAUUAAAAACCUGGAGCUAUCAAAAUUAGAAAGCCUAUUUCUUUUAUCAACUUUAGAUUUUAAAAAUGGCAAUUUUAUUGUUAGUUCUGGUUAUACGAAUUGAUUCUCAUGUGAUGCUGAAUUAAUUUGGUUGCCUGACAGUAUGAAAUGCCUGUCAUGUGAAAAAUUAUUUUUGCUGCCCUGAUGUAUGCAUUGAAAGGGACUGGUAUAUCUAUGACGCUGUCAAGUUGUCUUUGUUCCCCUUUGUUCACUGUUCCCCAGCAUUUGACCUUCUUGGGGGAACUGUGACCAAAAAUAGCACUAGGUACAACUUAGUUGCACAGAAGCAUGGUCUGUGCUUUGAUUGCCAUGGUUGCUCUUGCUGCAGCACACUGGACCUGUACAAGGAAUACCAAGAAGAGGCAUAUGCACUUUCCCUUCACCCUAGUGGACUGUAUGUGUUGGUUGGUUUUGCUGACAAACUCCGACUUAUGAAUCUGCUUAUUGAUGACAUCCGAACUUUCAAGGACUUCACUGUACGAGGGUGCAGAGAGGUGAGCAGUGCAGGGGAAGGAACUGGUGGAGGAGCUUGAAUGGGGAACACCAGACUGGGAGGUGGCACAGGCAUUUUAUGACUAGUAAGUUGUGUUACCACGUUUGCUUGGAACAGGUCUCUCCCUACACAUCGACAGACUAUUUUUCUGUGUUCAGGAAAUAACCCAUACCAGAACACAAUUUCUGGGGGAGAUUUUGCUCAAAUAUGCUAGAGGAAUUUCCCCACAUUCUGCUGGAAUACAAAGUAGGGUGUGAUUCCAGAAGGGUGAUUUCCAGGUACAUACAAAAAGACUAUUGCCUUCUUCCUAUGGAAUAAGGAGAAUCUUCGAGUUAGGUAGAAUUUAGGAUACUUCUUGUACAGACACCUGAAGUCUCAGGGUUCUCUGUUGCGAAUCAAUUAGGCUAGGAUUUGAAGAAAGAUUCAACAUUUAAGCAUUUCAGAAGGUCUUAUGCCAGUAUAGAGUGGUACCUCCAGUUACGAAUGGGAUCCGUUCCGGAGGCCCAGCUGUAUCCUGAAAUCUUUGUAGCCGGAGGCUACCUUCUGCACACGCGGUGUGAUUGAGCGCUUCUGCACACACAUGGUGUGCAGAGCACUUCUGCACAUGCACGCGCGGCGAAACCUGGAAGUAUACAUUUCCGGGUUUGCCAUGUUCGCAACCCUAAAGUUACGUUACCCAAAGGUAUACGUCCACUGUACAGUGUGCGGACACUCCCUUUUCCAUUUCAAUAGAGUUCAGUGGGACCCUCAAGUAACUUUGUCCUAGUUUGGUAGGUCCUUAAUAGCUCACUUUCCCAGACAAAAUCUGGAGCCAAAGGAGGAGCACAAAAUAGCAGAAUACCACUCUCUGACAACAGAUGCAUCUGGUUGUGAUGAAGGAUGAUUAGAGGCUGUUUUCUGCAUGGCCUCCAAAUUAUGGAUAUCUGGUACCUUCACAAAGAGGUUACCUAUGUGAAGUCUCAUUGCUUCAUGCUGUCUCCUGCUUCUGUCUACAGUGUGCCUUCAGUACAGGAGGUCAUCUGUUUGCAGCAGUAAAUGGAAAUGUGAUUCACAUUUAUUCUGCCAUAAGUUUUGAAAACAUCAUUAACUUGAAAGGACACAAUGGGAAGGUCAGUAAGUGAUGCCUACAAUACAAGUAAAAUAGUACAUUAAACUGAAUAUAUUUGAAAUGCCAAAAGAACAGGAUUUCUCAAGAAGCUGGUUUUGAGGCUCUGCCUAUGAUUGAAUUCUUUUUUUUAUUACAAAGGCACUAGAAACUAAAGAAUAGGAGUGAAGGAUUAAAAAUACUCCAAGGUGCUCCUGAGUAUAGUUCUCUGGCAGUGCAGAUAUAAUUUGGAUCACUUUUUACGAACAGUGGAAUCAGCUUUCUCCUCUGUUAUGUGCAAUAGCUUAGGUUAAAAGAAAGCCAGCAUUUUUACAGUACUUUGUAAUCCUAUACACACAUAGCUGGGAGUAAGUCCAACUGAACUCAGUGGGACUUACUACUGAUUUUAAUAGGAAUGUGCUUAAAUUUCUCUUGCUCAAAUAGUAGGGCUUAAAAGUACUUUUGUUUGUCUGGGCUCGGCUUAUCAAGAAAACAGAUAUAUUAUUUAAUGUUUGUUUACUGAAUUGCCAACAACCUGUUAGAUGACUGUGGAGACUACAUUCCCUCCAACCUCCCUUGCUGUAAUUGGCCUCCCAAAUAUCAGUGCAAAAAAGACUUGAAAUACUCUGAAUUUAAGAACUUUGACCCAAUGAAUUUUAAGGAGCAAGUGGAUUCCUCUGGAACUGUCAUCAGCCCUGCUUUGAUGCCCUAGUGAUCACAAAUAGGUAAAUUCCAAGCUUCUGAAAUGUUUUGAGAUAGCUCCAUAAGUUCCACCCAUGAUUACCUACAGCAGUUCAGUGCCCUCUUAUCUCACCAUUUUGUGCUCGUGAGUCCAAUUUAUAGUGAAAGAAGCUGAAGCUUUGCUAAGGAAAGCAAGGGAACUAUCUGGGAUGGAAUGAGAUAAGGCUUAUUAGCGAUAAGGGAAAAGGUUAAACAGAAUAAAGCAAGUUUGUAAACAGCCACUCUUAUGUGAUGAGAAUUGUCUCCAGGCAACUAGGCAGAUAAUUUAUUAUAAUUUGGGAGAGUUUCAUAAAUAAUUUUAUAAUUGACUCCAGUAUUUAUAAACAUUUUUAAGUUACUACAACAUACACGAGAGCAAGGUGAAUGUGAAAAUGAAGUGAAUACCUUUUUAACUGAGUUAUUAGAAAUAUGUAUGGGUUCAAAAACUGCAGAGCAUGUUUUUUGUUAUUCACUUUUUAUUGAUUUGUCAAAAAAGGCAUAGAACUUUGAGCAGGGGAGGACAAAACCUGAGGAGCAAGAAGGACAGAUGGUAAUCUGCAGGCCUUUCCUUGCCACUGGCUAUUAGCUAUGAUGUGUUUGGAGACCAAAUGUGUGAGCUGUUAUAACUCGGAAUUCAGUUCAUGAACCUAAUUCCUGACCCUCUUAGCCUGACCUGCUGGAUUAUAAUGGGAAUCUUUAUCUUAACUGCUUACAGGUAAACUGUGAGCACAAAGGACACAGGGUGAAAAGGGCUGUGUUCUGUGAGUUUCUUAUGUAAAAUGUUUGAUGCAAUGACACCAGGUAAACAGGCAGAGUACCAAGCAGCAACCUGUCUCUUGUGCCUAAGUAAGGAUUGCCUGAGCAUUCUAUAUAUAUUCUCACUCGCCCCACCAGGUACGCGCAGUGGCGUGGAGCAUGGAUGACUAUAAACUGGUCUCCUGUGGCACAGAUGGGGCAGUAUAUGAAUGGAACCUCCAGAAUGGCAAGAGAGAAUCCGAGUGUGUGCUCAAGUCCUGCAGCUACAAUGGAGUGGCAAUAUCACCCGAUGCAAAAGUCAUAUUUGCUGUCGGAUCUGAUCAUAGCAUCAAGGAGAUCUGUGAUUCUGCGGUGAGCUCAUGUGCAGACACUUAUGGAGCUGAUCAAAGUGCAGCAAACAAUGCAGAAGAAAGUGAAGCUCAGUGAACCCAGUGCUGUAGCCAGUGGCAGAGCUUCAUACUCCAGCAACGGGGGGCGGAGAGCAGGCGGGGUGCCCAGCGGGGGCGGGGGGCAGCCGCAAUGGCACCCUACUGGGAUUGCGCUGCCAGGGGUGGUGCGCUCCCCCCGCACUCCUCUUCCUCCGCCAGUGGCUGUGGCUUGCCCUCCAGCUUUUAACACCAGUGGUUGCCUAUGCCAUGUAGUGACAGUUGUGUUCAUAGUUUCCUUCUUCUUCUCUAUAAGCGUAUAGCCAUCUAUGGAAUCUAUACCUUGCCUUGGUUGCCAAAAAUUGUGGGUUUCUUCCCAGUUAUGAAGUUGAGAGGGAAAUUCAUGACUCUUGAGGCGUUGAGAGGAUAACAGGACGUUCACAGUGGAGAGAAUGAAUGAUGGAUUUGUGUACCCUCUGCCACUUUCCAGUGCAAAUUUAAUCCUUGCUGAGUGACUUGCUAAAAGCAUGGUGGGUGUCCUUUCUUUCAGAUACUGCGAGAAGUGCCCACUUUUGAAGUUGCCUACACUUUCAUAGUGGUAUCUCAUUCUGGACGCAUGGUGUUUGCCGGAACCUCUGCAGGGACCAUUCGGUCCAUGAAAUACCCACUACCUGUGCACAAGGAAUACAAUGAAUACCAAGCCCAUGCUGGUCCAGUCACCAAGGUAAAGGCCAAGUCAGUCUCCAGGUCAACUUAAUUGCCAUAGCCUUUAUUUAUCCCUUUUUCUGAGUCUGCAGCAACAAAUAAUGAAAGGAGGCACACCUUAUAUCACGCAAUGAGCCACAAAUGGGCAUAUCUAAAUAUGAUAUAUUUAUUGUGUAUCAAAGUAGCUUAAUAAGAAUGACAAUAGACAACAGAGUCUCUAAUCACAGUAAUGGGGAAAAUAAUGAGAAUGAGUUCUACCUAAACAGUACACCCAUCAGCCUCAUUCUCUUCCAAGCUGAGUGUAUGUAGCUGAGUGUAUGUAGCUGGGAGAGUGUAGGGGAAAUCUCUCUGGGUUGCUAACUUCUCAGACGCUGGAGUGCAACAUUUACAACAUUGUUGCUGUACAGUACUAUUUUUAAAAUGUUAUUUCAUCCAGAAGGCUUGUUUAUCACUUAUACUUUCACCAUAGGUUCCAGUAAUGUUGAGAGCAAGUGUCAGGGGUUCAGGGACAGAGGCACAGGGUAGGCAGGAGAUGGAGAGCGAUGGGGAUGAAUCCCAGGACAGCGAGGAAGAGGAUGACAAUGACUCAAGAGAUUCCAUGAGUCUUUCCAGCGAAUCAGAGGAUUCCCAGAAGGGGGCGCCGGUGGUCAAGGCCAGGGCAGCCCCAGGGGGGACGUGUCAGGAGCAGGGGGCCAGCAGGGGAUCCCAAAGUGGCAGCUGGGCGUCAAGACCAGCCUCCCCGCCAGAGUGCAGCGAAGGGAGUGGAGGUUCCAGUGUAUCAGGGGAAGCAGCUCCGGCAACAGAGAAGGGAGGGAGGUCGGAGCAAGCCACCCUCCCGGAAGGGGAGGGGAAUAGUGAAGGGAGUAGUGUAACUGUCAAAAGGAAGGUUAGAGGUUGGGCGCGCGCGCCAAGUUCAAAUGUGGAGGCGCGCGGGAGUACAGGGAGCCCGGAGGAGGAGGAGCCAGGUCCCAAAGCCCGCAGGAGGGGGGAAGAGCAAUCUGGAGAUUCCGCCUCAGGGGAAUCCAGGAGGGGCGAAACCCCAGGGGGCAGGAAGACCCUGCGGAAAAGGAAAGAGAGAAAGAGGUGGAGCAGCGCAAGCUUCUUAAACUGGUGCAGGGGAGGGACUGACUCAGAGGGGACUUCAACGGUCUAAGCGUACAGACGUGGGGCUGCGCGCCUCGGAUAUGAAGCAAACAAUGAACUGCAAUAAACACUUUUGUAUAUAAGAAGAGAUUGGCGUUGGUCUUUUGUGAGCUGAGACCUGAGGCAGCCUUGACAGCAAGGGUGUGAGGGUGACUGUGCUUCUUGGUGUCAUGUUUAAAAUCAGUCUACUACUGUGCCUCAUUAAAAAGAUAAGACUGAGAUUGAUAAUGAGAGCGAAUGGAAAAGCCAUGAAAACAAGGACAAGUUGUUAAUUAAAUGGAUUCUGAGGAAUGGACAGCAGCCUGACAAAUGGCAAGGGGAAUGCUUGGAGCAUAAUGGGGAAAGUGGAGAAGAAGAGAAGAGAUAUCACUAGAGGCAAAGAGAUGGAUAUAUUUUAAAAAUAAUUGAUCCUUAUUAAUCCAACUGGAGCAUCUUCUUCUGAUUCUGCCAACUGCCCUUUCUUUUCUCUGACUCUCCAAUUGUGUUUUAUUGGAGUUCAGUAUGCCUUUCUUUUCUCCACAGAUGUCCAUAACAGCUGAUGAUCAGUUCUUACUAACAUCUGCAGAGGAUGGCUGUAUAUUUAUCUGGAAAGUUUAUGACAAAGAAGGGCGGGGGUUGAAAAGGGAGAGAGAUGUGCCAUACUCUGAUGAAGUAUUGAUCACUAGAACAGACAUGGAAGAGAAGGUCAGUAUGGAUGAGUUUUGAAGUGGGACGAGAACACAACAGAAGACUUUGUAUCAACUAACCCAAAUGUGCUUUAUCUCCAUGGGGGCAGCACUUACCCAGUACAUAUCAUGGCCCUAGUAGAGAUGUGACAGCAGGUUGAAUUAGCCUUAUAAUACAAGAAUCAAACAUUGUACACUUAAAAUGUAGCUCAUGAGCUACAUUGCUCCCUGUCCUGAAACCUACUUCACAUGUUAUAGGAAAUGCAUAUAUAUGGCCAGAUACAAUAUAUGCUGUCUUUAUAUAUGAUAGUUUUUCAGAUAAACGUGAAGGGCAGGAUUCACCUGGCACCCAUCAGUGGAAGCCCUGUGCAAGGACUUCUGCUUGCGCAGUAGGGCUUCUUCCCCUACCUGCUUGAAAUGGGCUCGGUGGGGGUUUGGAGAACCCCCAGAAUAGCAUUCAGGGGGAAGAGAGGGGACAUUGUUCUGCCUGGCAUGCUAGAAUGCUUGCACUAAUGGAACGAUUUGAAGGUCACCAUUUUGAAUUCCACCUGAAAUGCCUUGUGUGUAUCCAUGACAAAUUUAACAUAUGAAACAGCCCUAAAAUAUAGAUCUGGCAAGAUACUGUGUACAGUAGAUUUUUAUUUAAUUUGCAUAUCUGAAUGUUUUGCCACCAACUUCUUUUCUUAUGAUUCCUUACACUGCAGACUCAGAUAAUGUUAGAACUAAAAACACGUGUAGAGGAACUGAAGAUGGAAAAUGAGUACCAGCUGCGCCUCAAGGACAUGAAUUAUAAUGAAAAGAUUAAAGAACUAACCGAGAAAUUCAUCCAGGAAAUGGAAUCACUGAAAACCAAAAACCAGGUGGGGGUCAAGCAAUAACUACAACUCUCAGCAUUAUUGUGUCUUCUUUUUCCCAUCGUGCAGUCACCUGAGGGAUUUGAAGGUUGGUAUGCCUAGUUUCAGGUGUAAUUCUCAUCUCUAUGUAUUUCAGGUUUUGAAAGCAGAUAAAGAAAAGCAGGAAGCACAGCACCAGGAACAAGUUGCAGAACUAACAGAGAAGCAGGCAAGAGAGGUGCAAGACCUAGGUUAGGAGGACUUUAAGUCACACUUUCCUGCAGACUGUGAGAAAGGGCUUCAGCCCCUAUAGUGAAAGAUGAAGAAAGAAAAGUUUUCCCAUGCUGAGUGUUUGUCGGUCAUGGCAAAGGCGCAACUUAGAGGACUGAGUACAUAGGCAUAUUGACAAUAAUUUGCUUGAAUGUAACUGGAAUUAACUCAUCUUUUUAAUUAUAAUUAUAUCUCCCUGCCAAUAAAGGCAGGAAGAAAUGAGCAAACCUAAUAAAGCAGAACAUAAAGGGGCAAUAGAUAAGCAGGGCAUAGUAAGGUAGGUAACUUUCUGAAAACUGGAGAUACCUUUUUAAAGCAUCUUAUCUCUGCAAGCCACCCAGAAACAAGGUUUUACUGUGCACUUCUUCCAUGGCCAUCGGUAUAUUACUGUCAUUGCAAAGCCACCACAAGUGGAGUGGUCUGUAUCAUCUUAGCAUCUGCACAGCAUUAUGCACGUCACAUCAUUCCCACUUUUGGGGGGGUGGCGUACAGAAGUUAAUCCCCCAGUAUUUUAAUUUGUGCCUAAAGAGCCAGAACUACUAAGUAUGGAGUUCUGAUGUAGACGCACCUGUAAAGAGUGUGCAAAUGGGGCUUCAAAGCUAGUGAUAGAGGAAUAGUAUGAGUUAGAGGAGAGAAAUAUGAGCAGGCACCAAAAUGUGGGGUCUAAAAUGGCUUCCUAAGACUAAGGAUAUCUAGGAGAGGACAAGACAUACCUUACUCUUUAAUACAGCUCCCCCCUCUCCCCCCCCCACAUUAAUUGGUUUUUUACUCGCUCUUUGGGUCAGAAUCUGGCAAUAACCAGAAGCUUCUGCUGGAGUUUGAGAAGUACCAGGAGCUUCAGAUGAAAUCCCAACGCAUGCAGGAGGACUAUGAGAAGCAGCUUCAUGAAAUGGAGGAGCACAAAAACCAGGCCCUGGAGGAGCUGACAGAAUAUUAUGAGGCAAAGCUGCUUGAGAAAACCACUCAGCUGGAAGAGGUAUGAGCUGUGAUGGUUUCAUUUUUAUUUAUUUUUAAGGAUGGGCACAGUUCUACUAUGCUUGAAGUUACUACCGAUUCAGCCCUUCAUCGCUCUUCUGACUUCCACUAGCUGUGCUCCGAAGUUGAGCUCUGAUCUGUUUACACACUUGUCCUUGCCCCUCCUGAUUAGGCAACCAUCUCUCAUCCCAAACACAGAUCUUUCCAGUCUUCUUCUUCCCUGAGUGCCACAUGUUAGUGUGUUUAACUUACAGUUCUCUCAGAUAAAACCCCUAGGCAGGCUGACCUGUUUCUGGCUUAGAUAGGAUUGCCAUAUUUCAAAAAGUAAAAGUAAACCACGCCAACAAAAAGUCUCUGUAUGACAACAUUCAUACCGUAUUUUUCGCUCUAUAAAACACACUUUUCCCCUCCUAAAAAGUAAGGGGAAAUGUGUGUGCGUCUUAUGGAGCGAAUGCAGGCGGGAAGCUCUGCUCAGCGUUCCCUUUAAAGAGCCGUGUGGAGUGUGUGUGUGGCUCUUCAGGGCUUUUCCCCGAGGAGGGAGAAGGGUUGCCCUUCUCCCUCCUUGGGGAAAAGCACCGAAGAGCCGCACAUACACUCUGUGCGCUCUUUAAAGGGAGUGCGGCUCUUGGGGGAGCCUUGGCCGCACGCAGCCUCUCCCGGGCAGGGGAUGAAGGUUCCCCUUGCCCGGGAGAGGCUGCGCACGGCUAUCCCAUAAGCCAGGACAGCCAGCAGGAUCGCUGUGCAGCGAUCCCGCUGGCUGUCCUGGCUUCUGGGAUUCAGAAUAUUUUUUUUCUUGUUUUCUUCUUCCAAAAACUAGGCGCAUCUUAUGGAGCGAAAAAUACGGUACUUAAAACAAAAGGAACACUAUUCUUUAAUCAUUGUCCAGAAGCUUGUAUAUUGAAGCUUGUAUAUGGCAGGUUAUUUAUUGAAUUUAUAUACUGCCCUAUACCCGGAGGUCUCAGGCUGGUUCACAGAAAAGAUCAACAUAAAAACCACAAAAUAUACAAUCAAAAUAAAAACAACAUUCCAAUAACACCCCCCCCAAAAAAGAGCCACUCUACUGGAUCCUACUAAGCAAGUUUCACAACUACAGAGAUUCUAAUUUAAAGUACUCUUCAAGUAGAUUAUUCUCAACCUUACUCACCUGUGCUUUCUGGCUGAAGUCAAUGACAGCUCCAAACUCUCAUUUUUUCAUCCUUACUGUACUCAGAGUGACAUAAGUAGCUGGAUGUUUCUAUCAUUCACCUUUCCAUACAUAUACUUUUUUAUAUCCAGACUUGCCCACCUGUCAGAGUUCACCUGCAAGGGUUGGUGGAGGUAAAAAUCUGGUGCACUGGUCAGAUCCACUUACCCACCACUAAUUUAUGAACUGGGUCAUUCAGUGCUUUUGUAACAUGUAAUUAAGCCUCCAGCACUGUAACAUCAUGUUGCUGCAUUGUCAUCCCCGGAGAGCUUGUGUCAAUCUGCCUCAUCUCCAAACUAGCCCAGGGUCUUGCGUCUCCCAGGCAAUCAUUUCAGUCUGGUCCCUUAACAGUGUGGCUCCUUUAACUCCUCCUUUUUACCUUUCUCCUUUCUAACUUUCAGGCUCAAGAUGAAUCAAGAACUCAGCUCCGAGAAUUUGAGGAAACUAAGAAACAAAUUGAAGAAGAUGAGGAUCGAGAAAUCCAGGACAUAAAAAUUAAGUAUGAGAGGCGACUUCGUGAGGAAAGAGAAUCAAAUUUGCGGCUAAAAGGGGAGACAGGAAUCAUGAGGAAGAAGGUAUGCUCGCCUGUUUCAGGGUAUCAGACUUCUGGUUUGUGAUCAUUUAUUUCAAGAUGCGUAUACCACUUUCUCUGCCAACAAAAUGACAAUAAAAUAGAUAAUAAGAGUAGAUUAAAAUUAUAAAAAGCAACACAAAUUUUAAUACCCAACUGUCUCACAGUGUCACAGAAAUGUUAACAAAAAUCUGUUUUACAUCUAAUGUAAAAUUAUUUCCUAAAAUGCAAGGUUUUAUCUAAAGGCUGGAAUGCUAGCAAAGGGCCAAAUUAAAUGUUAUGUUAAUUGUACAAAUGGCCCUUGCAUGCUUGUUUUUCUUUAAUUGUCAGAUGAUUGACAGGUGGGUCAUCCCACACACCUGUCCAACUCCCUUAUGCAGUGCUUCCCAAUAUCUAGCUUCCUAUUAGGUGUUUGGGAAGUUCUGUGUAAAGUGCUUGGCAUGCUCAGCAUUUUCCAAGCACCCAGUAUAGGGUUGGCAAAGCUCCUUUCUGCAAGAAUCAGCUGUUUGACCGAGUUUCCCAUUACAGAUUUGGUUGCACAGCCAAUCCUGCAGGUUUGAACUCACUGUCCAUCAGUUGAUGGGCCAUGAUCAACUCUGCUUCCUGAAGGCUUCAGCUGUACAGGGAUAUGAAGAUGCCCACCAUGUAGCUUUCACUGAUUCCUGUCAGCAGUUCUCAUGGAACUGUUGCUGGGUGAGACACUGGCUUCAGACUGAAAGAUACCUUAUGCUUUUUUCUCUAGUUCAACAGUCUGCAGAAAGAGAUUGAAGAGCGCUGCAGUGACAUUGAGGCAAUGAAGGUGGAGCAGCAAAAGUUGCAAGGAAUCAUUAAAGCCUUAGAGAAGGACAUCCAGGGGCUGAAGAGAGAGAUUCAAGAAAGAGAUGAGACCAUUCAAGAUAAGGUGAGGUGCUUGGAUCUGUGCUCCUUUCCCACCCCUCUACCCCCAGCUGGAUUUUGUUGUCCAAAUCUACAAAUCUACAAAGGCUCUGACCCACUAAGCAAUGCCUCUCGGUGUCUGCCUCCCAGUCUGAAGGAUGGAACUUAGAAUUCAUUAUCCCUUCUCUGAUAUUUCUGACACUUUUCCUUUUUCUUCCUCAUAUGCCACAGUCCCACACAUUGUCUCUUGACUCCACUGAUGUAGGGCUGAAGUUGUAAGAGAUCCCUCUGUCUCUUUAGACACCGCUCACCUCAUGUCUCUAUUUUAUUUGUCCCAGGAGAAGCGAAUUUACGAUCUAAAGAAAAAAAACCAGGAACUGGAGAAGUUCAAAUUUGUACUAGAUUAUAAAAUAAAGGAGUUGAAGAAGCAAAUAGAGCCGCGUGAGAAUGAUAUCAAAGCUAUGAAGGAGCAGAUCCAGGAGGUGAGAAGCAGAUUAGGCAGCCCACUCCCAGCCCUGAAGCUGGGCCAGCUUGAAGACCAUAGCAGGCCACAGGCCUCCUUUAAAACCUCUCCUCUUCUCAUGCAUCUGUGCAGAUGGAAGGAGAGCUGGAACGUUUCCACAAGCAGAACACACAACUGGAACUGAACAUAUCAGAGCUACGGCUAAAACUGAAAGCCACAGACCGGGAGAUGCACAAAGAGAUGCAAAAGGUGUGUCAAAUGGCAGCUGAAAAAAGUGGUACACCAAAUUAUAACUGGUCCUUCUUUAGGGUGUCAUAUACAGACUAAGAUGACCUCUAAAUUUUCCUUCCAUCUUUAUGAUUCUGUAAUGGUAAUUGAAAUUUUCUUCCACUGAAUCUAGUGUUUCAAUUUCACAUUAAAGCAAGGUAAUGACAAAUGUGUUGGGGCUGCUCUAAUAUAAUAAUUUAAUAGGUGACUUUGCACAUGCCUGUCCAUGACUUGAUGACUUGCAUAUGUAAAACAACAAUUUCAUUUCAUGCUUUCACAUUAUUUUGUAUCUCCUAAAACUGAAUGCUCUGCUUUUUCCUGAAGACAACUUGUACAUUCAGCUGUUGGUUAGCAAGCUAUGUAGAGCUGGAAAUUCAAGUGAUGAAGGGGUACUAUGGGAUUUGAAAUGUUUAACGGGGUCCAUCCUACCACUGUCCCGAUAGGUUGGGUACCCUCUGGCCAAUAUUUGCCCCACAGACAAUUUGUGAGAUGUAAUUUGAGCCAGAGCAAGGAAGCCUCACCAACAGGCAAUGUAUUCUGCUGCAUCAAGCUUUGGUGUUCCUCUGACUGCAGGAACGAGACAUGGAAGCACUUGUCAAGAGAUUUAAAACAGAUCUUCACAACUGUGUAGGCCUCAUCCAGGAACCCAAGAAACUGAAGGAGAGCAUCCGGGAUAUCUAUGAAAAGUAUGUGCAGAAGGCAGAUAUGGUAAGUGAAAGUUCUUCUCUCUCAGCAGCAGAUACCCACCAUACUUCCUUUGAGCUCACUUCAUUUGCUCCAUCAGGUGGAAAUUGUUGGCGUUGACACAGACUUGCAUCAAGAGUACACACGGCAGCGAGAGCAUCUUGAGCGCAACCUGGCAACACUGAAGAAGAAGGUGAUAAAAGAAGGCGAAGUACAUCGUGCAGACUAUGUGCGCAUCAUGCAGGUACUAGCACUGUGAGGGGAAAUGGGCAGGUCCACUCUUCUAAAUCGCUAUAAGAAAAAAAAUCUAUUUGCUCCAGGUCCAGAAAUUUCAGUUUAAAUAAUGAAUUUCAAAUGUGGAUUUGAAAAGUACUGUCAGUGGGAUUCACCUAACAAGUCCCAUCAGCAGAAGCCCCACACAAGAACUUCUACUGGCACAAAUGGGCUUUCCCAUGUGCCCCCCUAAAUUGGCUCUGCAGAGCUCAGGAGAACCCCUAUUUUGUUUUAAUAGAUAGGCAAUGCUUACCUGGCAAAUAUGGAGAACACAAGAGGCAUCCCCCAUUCCUUUAUACCCCAAAGCAUCUGCUUUGUUUAGCUCUUGGUCUUGUUCUGCAUAUCAGUAUACUUUUCCACAAUGUCAGCAAUCUCUUUUUGGUGUAUAGACAGUAAAUGUCCUAUCACCUUAGCUAUGCUACAUCUUGUUUCUGUAGGAAAAUGUGAGCCUCAUCAAGGAAAUAAAUGAGCUGCGGAGAGAACUGAAGGUCACCCGUACUCAAGUUCUUGACCUCCAGUCAACCUUGGGGCUCCUUAUGAAACGCAAGAAGCAACCAGCACAAUCCCUAGGUAACCAAGUUGUUAUUCAGCUCACUUUCCCCUUCUGCUCUUUCCUAGAAUAUGUUUCCAUUUCUUUCCUUUUGGCCCCUUUUCCCUAGAACAGGGGUGGGCAACUGUUUUGUUCCCAAGGGCGACAUGCAGCUGUUGGUGGUGUUGUAUUGCCAGUGGGAGGGGUUGAUCAAAAGUUGACUGGCAUGUGUAAGUCUCUCAUGUUCUACACUCAUUUGGUAUUUUGUAUUAUCUAAAAGAUUAUGUUCUGCUGCUAUUGUAGAUGCUGAUCCAAUUUUAAAAGGCACCUUACGUACUUUAUAGUCAUAUUGCUCUGGGAUUAACAACUGGUUGUGAGCAAAGCAAAAACCUAAGUUUCAGUUCUACUUUUCUGCAAGGAGGAUUGAACAAGAUGCUGUUAGUGAGCCCCCACUCCCUAAGUUAGCCAACCACCUCCUAGAGAGAGGUAGAGAGGAUAAAAACAUGCAGAGGUUCUUUAGCUCCUCUCACUGCUUCCUUACUGCUUAGAGAGGUGAAUGGGCAGUGUCCAGGAGUGUCGUGAAGUGUUCAGGAACUGUCAGUGGGCCUUGUUCUUUGGUGUAGACCUUGGAAAUUGCCCAGUAAUUCCAACCCCUGUUUUCCUUUUAUCCUUUCUGUUGUGUUCAUGGCUAUCCCUCAUCCUGGCUCAUCUUUUUGGGGUAUUUUCUACAGUUACAACCAAGCAAUGUGAUUUUUCCAUUUCCUCCAGCUCCCUCCCCUGAACGGCACACUCCAACCAUCCUACGGUUGAAUCCAGAGGAGGAAACAGAGAGGAUCAUUGAAAUGCAGCGGUUGGAAAUCAAGUACCUCCAAGACCAAAUGCAAGGGCAGGAAAAAGCUCUUGCGGUUCGGCCUACAUCAGGUUCGAAACUUCCCUUGCUAGAACUGGACAGAAGCAGCCGUGAACAAUCACAGUGACACGUGCAGAAGGCACCCAAACUUAGCUAAUCUUCUCUGCAUCUCUAGAGCAAGGACCCACUCCUACCCUGACCCUUUGGGUUCUUUGUUUUUGUUUUAGCACCUCUGAUUCUGGAUAGGGAAAGGAAACAAUAAACAAGUCAGACCAGA